GCCUUUCGCGCGAAACGGUGCCCUGUCGUGUGGAUCUCGUUUAGUGCGGUUGUCAGUACGGCAGCUGUAUUGUUUUAUAGUUCGAGUUUUAUACACUAGUUUUGGGUCAUAUCAGCAUGGAUGUUGCUACAGCGACCACAGAGAAUGCCGGAGAGACAGUGAAAGACGAGUUGGCGGAUAAGUGUCAGAAGUUAUUCCAGGCUUUUUUGGAGGAGUUCCAGACUGCCGAUGGAGAAGUGAAGUAUGUCCAGGAGGCUGAAGAGCUGAUCCGACCUGAGAGGAACACAUUGUUGGUUAACUUCAUUGAUCUCGAGGUAUUCAACCAGGAGCUGGCAACCACCAUCCAAGAGGAAUAUUACAGAGUGUACCCCUUCCUCUGUCGGGCCGUGCGCAACUUUGCAAGGGAUCAUGGGAAGGUUCCUCUCACAAAAGAGUUCUACGUGGCCCUUGAAGAUCUGCCUACUAGACACAAGAUUCGUGAGCUGUCGUCCAUGCGCAUCGGUAGCCUGGUGAGGAUCAGCGGUCAGGUUGUGAGGACGCACCCUGUCCACCCUGAAUUGGUGAGCGGCACCUUCCUGUGCAUGGACUGCCAGGCGGUGAUCAAAGACGUCCCUCAGCAGUUCAAAUACUCGCCGCCCACCAUCUGCCGCAACCCGGCUUGCAACAACCGCUCGCGCUUUCACCUCGAUACGCACAAGUCCAAGUUCAUUGACUUCCAGAAGGUGCGUAUCCAGGAGACUCAGGCGGAGCUGCCCCGUGGUUCCAUCCCACGCUCCCUGGAGGUCGUUCUCAGAGCUGAGGCGGUGGAGACCGCUCAGGCCGGCGACCGAUGUGAUUUCAUCGGGACGCUUAUUGUAGUGCCAGAUGUUUCACAGCUCAACACUCCUGGUCUGCGAGCAGAGACCAGUACCAGGGUAGGUGGACCGCAACGCUCAGAGUCGGAAGGUCUGAGGGGAUUGAAAGCUUUGGGAGUCCGGGAGCUGUCAUACAGAUUGGCCUUCCUGGCCUGUAAUGUCGCACCCACAAACCCUCGGUUUGGUGGCAAGGAGCUGCGGGAGGAGGAGCAAACAGCAGAGAGCAUCAAGAGCCAGAUGACUGAGCAAGAGUGGGAGAAGGUAUUUGAGAUGAGUCAAGACAAGAACCUGUACCAUAACCUGUGCACCAGCCUCUUCCCCACCAUCCACGGCAAUGACGAGGUGAAACGCGGCAUCUUGCUGAUGCUGUUUGGAGGCGUUCCCAAAACGACCAUAGAGGGAACCUCGCUGAGAGGAGACGUCAACGUCUGUGUUGUUGGAGACCCCAGUACUGCCAAAAGCCAGUUCCUCAAACAUGUGGAGGAGUUCAGCCCCAGAGCUGUUUACACGAGCGGCAAAGCUAGCACCGCUGCAGGUCUGACUGCCGCCGUAGUCCGAGAUGAAGAAUCGCACGAGUUUGUAAUUGAGGCCGGAGCUUUGAUGCUGGCUGAUAAUGGUGUGUGCUGCAUUGAUGAGUUUGACAAGAUGGACCUCAAAGACCAAGUGGCCAUUCAUGAGGCCAUGGAGCAACAGACGAUCAGCAUUACUAAGGCUGGAGUCAAGGCCACCCUGAACGCUCGCACGUCCAUCCUCGCCGCCGCCAACCCCGUCAAUGGGCGCUAUGACCGCAGUAAGAGCUUGAAACAGAACGUCAACUUGACCGCCCCCAUCAUGAGUCGCUUCGACCUUUUCUUCAUCCUCGUGGAUGACUGCAAUGAGGUUACGGAUUACGCCAUCGCCAGGCGCAUCGUCGAUCUCCACUCGCGUGUGGAGGAAUCUGUGGACAGGCAGUACUCAUUGGAUGAAAUCCGGAGAUAUCUGCUUUUUGCUAGGCAGUUCAAACCAAAAAUUUCAAGCGAAUCCCAAGAGUUCAUCGUCGAGCAGUACAAGCGCCUCCGGCAGCGGGAUAGCUCGGGUGGUGUGACCAAGUCUGCGUGGCGCAUAACCGUGCGCCAGUUGGAGAGCAUGAUCCGCCUUUCCGAGGGCAUGGCCAGGAUGCACUGUUGUGAUGAGGUACAGCCUAAACAUGUAAAGGAAGCCUUUCGUCUUUUGAAUAAGUCCAUUAUCAGAGUAGAGACGCCUGACAUUAACCUGGAGCAAGAUGAGGAACAGGAAGAGGAGGAGCUACCGGAGGAAGGUAAUGUCCCGAACGGAGUGAAUGGUGAGGUCAGUGGAACAAACGGGCACGCCAGCGGUCUUGUCAAUGGCGUGAACGGCCACGCUGAGGCCGACAGUCAGCCCAAACCGUUCCUUCGUCUCUCUUUUGCCGAGUACCAGCGCAUCUCCAACUUGCUCGUCCUGCAUCUACGCAGAGCAGAAGAAGCUGAGGAGGAAGAGGAGUUGAAGAAAAACGCAGUGGUCAAUUGGUACCUGAAGGAGAUUGAGUCUGAGAUCGACUCAGAGGAGGAGCUCAUCAAUAAGAAAGGACUGAUCGAGAAGGUCAUCCACCGGCUGGUGCACUUUGAUCACAUCCUCAUCGAGCUGUCUCAGUCAGGCCUAAAGGGUUCCGAGCCUGCAAGCACAGAAGGAGAGAUGGUUCUAGUCGUCAAUCCCAACUACACCCUUGAAGAUUGAACUCCUCUUUGCCCUCCUGUGUCUUUGUUUCCUUUUAUAUAUAAACACAACCUAUGAAACAAAAUAUAAUCACUACGGUGAUUGAUGUGUGCGCAUAUGUAAUGGUAGCAUUGGACAUGGUGGCUGUUGCACAAUGAUUUGGUUGAGCGGUUUUCUAAAAAAAAAUAAUAAUUCACACUUGCUGUAAAUAUGGUUUACAUCCUCUCAUAGGUAAUAGGUUGUCACCAAUUAGAUUGUUUUGUGUAUUGGAGUAUUUUCUCUUAUGCUGCUGUGAAUUGUGGUUUGAGUAAAUAAAAGAAGACUGUCCUUCGCUUACUAUUUCCAA